UCCCACUUCAGUAUAUCAGAAGUCAUUUAUCUGGCCGUGAAAAACUUUAAACAUGUCUUAAGUCACUGAAUAUGCGCAAAUGCGCACUUGUCCAAGUUUUCCUUCGCAAAAGACUUUAAAUCAGUUAGGAAUGGACAACCUUGGUGUGCAAGGUACUUUGCAUCGUCUACCUCCAGCUACCAGCCCCUCCCUCAGGAGAUCCACCAAGAGCAGAGCUCCGACUCCCCCAGCCAGUGCACAGACUUCAGGAAGCCCAAGAGCUCCUCAGCGGCUCCCGGGGCUUCCGCCGGUCGCCAUGGAGCAGAAGGAGAACAUGACUGACAGGGACUUGACCCUGACUGUGGUCCUUCCAGGAGGUGUUGAGAGGACCACUGUGGUACAUGGCAGCAAGCCCAUGAUGGACCUCUUGGUCAUGCUUUGUGCCAAGUACCGUCUGAAUCCCUCUAGCCACACCGUAGAGCUGAUCUCCACCAACCAGAAUCGCAUCAAGUUCAAGCCCAACACUCUCAUAGGAGCCCUGGAGGCCGAAAAGAUCUUGCUGAAGCCCAAAGGAGCCGAUAAGAAUAAGGCGAUGGGUCCUCAGGUCCCAGAGGCUACGGUUCGGCUGAUAAUAAACUACAAGAGGGCACAGAAGACCAUUCUGAGGGUGAACCCUCAAGUUCCCUUAAAGGAGCUCCUGCCGUCCAUUUGUGAGAAGUGUGAAUGUGAGAGCCAAGCAACAGUUCUGCUGAGGGACGUGCUGUCGGCGGAGCCCCUGGACUUGAGUAAAUCCCUGAACGACUUUGGCCUGAGGGAGGUGUACGCCAAGGAGUCAAAAGGUAACAAUGCAAGUAAAGACUGUCUGAUCCUUCAAGAAAGAAAUUAUAGUCCACAAAGCAAAGGUAACAUGCCAAAAGAGAAGGAAAACAAAGGAUUGUUCAGAAUGUUUAGAAGAAGCAAGAAGAGGCUUGAACGGACCACCGCAGCCAGUGCGCCGGCCUCCCCCAUGGUGAGCAAGCAGUCCCCCACCAUGACGAGCACCAGCGGCCCAGCAUACACCUCCAACACCAUGCCCGCCGACGUGCCGAAAAAGAGGCGGGCCCCACUACCGCCCAUGAUGAUGUCACAGAGUGUCCCGUCUGGCCUUGAUAGUCACCGGGUAGAGGCCCUGUCUGACGAUUCCCAGAUGCUGUCUGGGUCGAGUUGCUCAGGCUCCCCUGAAACUUCCACGAAGAGGAUCAAGAGGAAGGCGCCGCAGCCACCAUGCACGGCCGCCCCGGGAAGCCCUCGGCAGGACGACAGCGUAAAUGGAAGAACAAUUUCCCAAAGCACCCUGGAGGAAAUCCACGAGCUGGACGAGAUGCUCUCCCCUCCGAUCCGGAGCUCCAGCCCCGUUUCUGGCCUCCCUGCUGCCUCGGUGGAUUGUGGGAAAGCAGACCUCUCCUCUGAUUCUGCUGACUGCGACAUGCGGAGCUCCCUGCAGUCUCUGCACACGGGGGAAGAUCAUUCGGGUGAUCUUUCCUCAGAUGGCAAACUGGUUGGGGAGUCUGGGACCAGCCAGCAUUGUGCGGAACAAACACUGAAUACUGAAGAGGCUGAUAUUCCCCAAAUGGGAUGCACAGAGACCCAGGCAAGCCUGGCCGAACAAAGAAACAUUCAGAUUAGCCUCUCUUCUGAGAACGGGCUGGUCCCACAUGAGGAUGGAGAGCAGAGUCCGGCCAGACUGCAUAAUGAUCAACAACCUCGAACCCAGAGCUCUACUCCCCCAAAACAAGAACGUGGGGCCCAGGAUUCAGGGGCUUCUGACCAGCUGAAUGUCAGUGCUGUCUUCUGGGACGAGCUGAAGAAAGCUGACCUAAGCGUAGAUGCACACAGCGUCCACGAAGAAGAGUCUCAGAUUGCAUUUUCAUCUACUACUGAGCCUGAAGCAGCUGAAGCAACUAAGUUGAAGAAAGACAUGGCUACCUCCACGGAGGAGCUCCGCUUCUCGGAUCGCUGGACUGCUCCAGCCACGAAGGGCGCUCCCAUUUACGCAAAGGAACCUACUUCCAGACCCAAGCUGUCAGAUGAGUUCCCGCGGGGCUACACGCCGAAAGUGGGGCUCACCACCUUCACCGUCGUCCCUCAGAAGACCCUAAAGAAGGUGAGGCUGUUUGAGGUGGAGGUCACGCUUGAGGCUCCCAGCGCAGUAGAGAAGAGAGAAUCGACUGCCAGCCCCCCAGAGGCUGGAAAACAUCGAAUGGCACCGGGGCAGAAGCAGCUGAUGGAGUCAUGCGCCCCUACACCAAGCCACGAUAGCUGUGAAAAUAACAUGAGUAUGAUCAACGAUGGUGGUGGCCAUAGCAACGUAGACUCAACUCAGCCGGACCUUGUUCCCCCUGUAGUUCCUGUAGGCGUUGGCAAGGGCUACGAACCUUCACUCACUUUUGAUGGAGGCAUCAAGGCUGGUCCAGCACUGCAGAUCAAAGGCAAGAAAAUCCCACCUGCAACAAAGCCCAAGCCAGCCUCGUUCCGCCUGCCGCAACACAUACGAACACCUGGGUAUCCCGUUACCUCGGCGACUGUGAGUAAUGUGAGCGCCAGUCCAGACGGGGCUCCAGGGCAACAAGGAAAAAAACUGCCCCGGGAGCAGCCUGCCGAGAAUUUCUCUCUUUCGUCUCCACCCUCUCGUCUUCCUGCGGAGCGUUGGGAGGAGGAGGGGGCUGGAAGAAGCCCUCAGGAAGUGGGGAAGACUCAAGAAGACCCCUCCCCUGAAAUCACAAGGCGAGCGGGAGCCCUCGCUAAGCAGCCUCUCCCUGGACUGAGUCUGGAGAAGCUGAGAAGUUUUGCGGCUCCCAAACCGUACUCUCCCGCCAAUCCCUCUCGGUUCGCCUUGGCCGUGUCCUCAGCAGUCAGGAGGUCCCAGUCCCUCACCCAAGGUCCCGGCACAUGCGUCGGUUGCUCAAAGCCCAGUUACAUACUACCUGCGCAAGAUUUUAAAGAGCCAUCAAGAGGCCUGGAAAUGGAGAUAUGGGACUCGGAGGGAGGGAGAGAGAGUGUGCCGCGAGAAGCGCUUCCCGGAGGUCAGGGAUCAGGGAGCGCCUUGCCUGCGGCGCUGAUGGACACCAGCAGACACGGAGAGGCACGUGGACAAGGCCCCGGCCGCGCGGGUGUAGCGGAGUGUGACGGAGACUGAUUGGAACUUGUAGGGACGUGACGUGGGGAGCAGCGAGUUCCGUGCUGUCACAUGACUUCUGAAGAUCUGCCUCGAAAAGCUACUGGCCAGGCUGUCAUUGGAACCCCAGAAAUCUCGCCCUGCUGAAAACGUAAUACAACCAGUUUAAAAGAUAUCAUUAUAUAAAGGUCAUAUAACCCUAAUAUUUUCUUUAUUCUUGUACCAUAUUUCACAAUGUUUUUAUGGGAUUUAUAAAAUUGGUUAAUUUUAUAUUAUGUAUGAUUUGUACAUAUAUACAAUAUAUACAUUUAAAAGAAUGGUUUAAAUUAUUAGUAUUAAAAUUAAGCUUAAUUUCUGAACUAGAGAAUUAUAAAGAUUUAUAAAUAUGGUACUUCAUUAGAAAUCAUUUAUACUCAUGACUCCAUUGAGUUUUUUUAUAUAUUGUAUUUUUGUGUGUAUAUACAGUAUAUUGUAUAUGUUAAAAAUCAAAUCCUUUAAAAUACACUUUUGUUGUUCAGAUGCAAAGGUACUAUAUUACCAUACCUUACACUGGGGGAAAUUUUCAAAUAAACAUGUUAGACGCGGCUGAACUAUCCAA